AUGAGAAAAAUCACUUCAUUAUACAUCCUCUGGGUAUUGCUAAUAAAACUAUCUGAUGGAGCAGCAAUAGCACCUACUGUUGCGACCUCGGCCAACACAGGAGAAAGCUCAACAUUUUUCUGGAAAGCAAUUAAUGGGCUAGGAUCAUCAGUCAUAUUGUAUUCAUCUUAUCUCAUUGGGAAAAAUAAAUACGAAGAAGAGAAGAAAGAUAGUGUGGUCUAUACCUCAUCAACAACGACGAUGACAAUUAAGCCUACAGCUACCCGUGUAUACGAGGCGAUACAUACUUUUCAGGGCGGAUAUUUAGCAGGAGGUGUACCAGUCAGGAUUAAUGGAGCACCAAUAGAACCACAACCCAUUCCAGCCGGUCAAGUCUUCACUACAACCCUUUUCCCUGCACAACAGGAACAGAGUCAGGAAGCAUCUCUUCUGGAAAGUUAUGUUCCAUUGACUAUCCAACUUCCGAAGCAGGUAAGUGCAGAUCAAAAUUCUUAUAAUUUACCCCUGAAUAUCACGAUUGAUAUUGCCUGUCCAUUGGUGAGACAUACCGGGUCAAUCCAUCCAAUAUGCAAUGGAUCGCCUUUAGAAUCAGCUAGCGAGUUCUUUCCUCUUCAGACUUAUGCUCCAGUGUAUCGCUCGAUGGAUAUGAUCAGCUCUGAUACCUCGCCUUCAGUUAAUUCAUCCAAGCCAGCCAUGGAUGCUGUAAUCAACGAUAACGCCGGCUAUUAUAAUAAUACUUUGGGUAUUCAGAAUGCACAAGUAAUAGUGGAAACGGUUGUGGUUCCUGAGACUCCCACCACCAUAGAGCGAGCAGCAGCAGCAGAAGCCCCAGUGGUGGUUACCAUUGACGCUAUGGGGAAUCAAAUCUAUGCUGCAACACCUCAACCAGUGAUAGUUACUCAACCUGCAGUGGCUACUCAGCCUGUGAUAAUUUCUUACGUUACUGCAGCUGCUCCAGAACCAAUCCAACAACAACAAGUUCCUGUUGCUCAAGUUCAAGCUGGCAGUCAGACACAAGGUCAAGUGAUUAUUGUUGAAACGGUUGCUGCUCCAGCGGCGGUCCAGCAAUAUACUUAUGUUCAACAGGCUAAUAGUCCUGCCGCUCCAGAAACUCAUAUGGCCACUCCAAUGGUAGUUACAGUAUCCCAGCAAGCACAACCACCAGCCCAGGCUGAAGGACAAUCACUGGAGCCUCAAUACCAAGUGGUAGUGACUUCUUCGUAUCCUGUCGCUCCUGCGACCCAACCAAUAUACACCCAACCCGAAGUGAUCCAAGUUGCUGGAACGAGUUUAGAGGCAGGAUAUCCCUCUGCUGCUGCUCCUGCAGUAUCGUCACCACAUGUAGUGGCGGUGCCGAAAGUUGUGGCAUCUUCACCUAUAUCAUAUACGCCGGGGACUUCCCAAGUGGUGUACCAAUCACAACCUUUGCAAAAUCAAUACCAAGUAUCUGGGUCUCUGCCAGGAGCAGGAGCCUCAGGGUCAGUACAAUACGUUUCUCCAAAUUCAGUUCCUCAAGUAGCUACUUCAGUUACUUAUUAA